AUGACGGUAGACAGGGAGCUCCCUGAGAUGAAUCUGGAAUCGGUGACACCCAUGACCCUCACAACCCUGGAAGCGGGCAACCUGGAAGCUAAGGCCACCAUGCUGAAGAAUGCAGCUGGCGGGAUGAGGCUCAGGCCUAUGCCACAGACACUGCCUGCAAACCAGGCAGCCCGGGUGCGUCUGGCAGGAAAUGUGUUGGGGGCCGGGGGGGGGGGCGGCGUUGGGAAGGCAGCCACCAGGAAGAGCGGUGCAGAGCUCCUGGCCACCUCAGGAGACCCCGGGAACUGCCGCAUGGGACCUGGAGGGGUCGCUGGGCCGCUUUGCCAGGGGGUUCUGUUUUCCAGGAUAAGUGGCUGGUGGCAGGAGGUGAAGGUCGUCCUGGAGAAAACUGACGAGCCAGGAAAAUACACGGCCGAUGGGGGCAAGCACGUGGCAUACAUCAUCAGGUCGCACGUGAAGGACCACUACAUCUUUUACUGUGAGGGCGAGCUGCACAGGAAGCCGAUCCGAGGGGCGAAGCUCGUGGGCAGAGACCCCGAGAACAACCUGGAAGCCUUGGAGGACUUUGAGAAAGCCGCGGGAGCCUGCGGAGUCAGCACGGAGAGCAUCCUCAUCCCCAGGCAGAGCGGGAGGAGGCAUGGCCCUGCAGAGCCCCCCAUGUCCCCGCAUGGGGACAUCAGCAGAGCCACGUUGCACGGGCGCAUAACUGUGCUGCGUCUAAUUCUGGCUUUGUCCUUCCUGGGGUGGUGGAGCUGGUGGCUGAUGAGGGGCCCCGGUCCUGACUGCAUUCCUGGGGUCUCCUAAUGCCUGUGCUUCCUUUUCCUGCAGAAACCUGCUCUCCAGGGAGCGAUUAGGGUGAGCAAACAACUUUAGAGGACAUUUGAGAAAAUCCAGCCCUGCUCAGUGGCGCUUCAAGAAGCCCUGGGGUAUGUUUAUUGCGGCACUACUCACAAUAGCAAAGACUUGGAACCAACCCAAAUGUCCAACAAUGAUAGACUGGAUUAAGAAAAUGUGGCACAGAUACACCAUGGAAUACUCUGCAGCCAUAAAAAAUGAUGAGUUCAUGUCCUUCAUAGGGACAUGGAUGAAGCUGGAAACCAUCAUUCUCAGCAAACUAUCGCAAGGACAGAAAACCAAACACCGCAUGUUCUCACUCAUAGGUGGGAAUUGAACAAUGAGAACACUUGGACACAGGAAGGGGAACAUCACACACUGGGGCCUGUCAUGGAGUCGGGGGUAGGGGGAGGGAUAGCAUUAGGAUAAAUACCUCAUGUAAAUGACGAGUUAAUGGGUACAGCACACCAACAUUACACAUGUAUACAUAUGUAACAAACCUGCAUGUUGUGCAGAU